AUGGACGAAGAAAAUCUCGAUUCGUUCAAAAAAUUAUUCUUUGAUAAUGCUCUUGGUAAUAUAAAGUCAUCACCACAUACAGGUAAACAACGUCGAUGGCGUGCUAAGAAAAAAGAUCAACAUCAUCGUACUCAAUUAUCUCUACAUCGUUUACUAGUUGAACAAAUGGUCCUUUAUUCCCUAAUAGGCGUUAAUAUACAACUUGAUAAAAUCGCAAGUGAUUCUGUCUUUACGAAUCAUUUAACAUUAAUGAAACGUUCGUCGAAUGGUGAUAUCUAUCCAUUGGCUAAAUCAAUCCUUGAUCGCUUCUGUUUACAAAUAUUGCCUAAAAUUCAACAUAAAAUCAAGUGGCUCAACCUUGAAUCAUUAUCUAUAAAACGUAUUCUUCUAGCUGGCUACUAUCCUAACUUACGUGGAUUUGGUCUUUUUAUUGUUGAACCUGAAACAGUUGCACAUCUGUUUGUUGGUAAGAAUCUUUAUUUUGAUUGA